CGCAGGCUGGUGCGAGCCCAGCCUCUGCUUUACAAUCUCUUUCCUGCCACUAUAAAUAACCUCGGCGAGAGUCACUUCAAAGGGAAGGGCUGGCGGCGGAGAGGUGGUUUGGGGACCGAGCAGGACAGGGGCGUCCCACUGCCCGAUCCCACCCCGGCGCUUUGCAUAAAUAAAUAAAUCAUGCAGCAAGGGAGAGGUGGAGAGAGAGGGCGAGUAGAGGAGGUUACUUUGGGAAGCCGCGCAGCUCGCUCAUCCCAGCCCCGUAGUUCGGAGGGAGUGUGUCAUGUUACAGGGGAGCCACGAUCAGCCAGAGCACAACGUCGCCGGAGCAGCUGAGAAUUACCUCUCUCUAAUGGGGACUUUCAUGUGCGAGCUCCUGGCCAGUCUGCGAAGGAACUGAAACUGACAGCUUAGGAAGAAUCAAAAACCUACCAGCGAACCAAGAGACUGAAAUACAGGACGAAAAAAAAAAAUCAAUCUUGAUCAGAUUAUUUUUUCCCCCUCGCACUCUUUGCUGCAGUUGGAUCCCUUUUUUUCUGCGCCCCUUUUGUCUGUGUGUGGUUUGUUUUUAUUUUUUAAAGACACCCCCCCAUCCACUUUUGUCAUUAUUGCUGUCACUUGUGAUUUGCUGCCACUGGGAUCCCCUUCGACGUCCUUUUCCUAUGCCUUCUGGAUUGUACUUCUCGGAGCAGGAGUGAAGCUGUAUUUAUUCUAUUUAUUUAUUUAUUGUUUCUCAGGACAGGGAGGGAAUGUUGGAGGAGAAGAGCUGGAAAGGCGUCGACGAAGCAGCUUUUGACAGGGGGUGUGUGGCUCCCCCCAGGAGCGGCGAUGGGGAGAGAUGCUGCCGCCUCCCUCUGCUGCUGGGCUCGGGGCUGCCCGGCGUCUCCCUGCUCUCUCUGGUGCUCAGCCUCCUGCUGUACUUUCGGACCUCCGAUCUGCAGUCCCGCGUGUCCCACUUGGAAGCGGACAGACCCACGCAGCUCCCUGCCUGGCUCUCGGCAGACCAAAUGGAGACGGCUAUUUUGGGAAGAGUUGACCAACUGCUCAAUGAGAAACUAAAGUUCCACUUGCCAAGACAUCGAGAAGUUCGAGACACGCACCAGCGAUGCAACUGCCCGGCAGGUCCGCCUGGGGACAAAGGUGCGAUGGGAAUCCCUGGGCGGCCGGGACUAAAAGGGCAGUCUGGAGAGAAGGGUGCUCCAGGAGAAGCUGGCAUGUCUAUCAUUGGACCCCGCGGUCCACCCGGCCAGCCUGGAACAAGAGGUUUUCCUGGAUUCCCGGGUCCUAUUGGCUUGGAUGGCAAACCGGGCCAUCCUGGACAGAAGGGAGAGAUGGGUGCUACAGGUCCCAGGGGACAACCUGGACCCCCAGGACAAAAAGGAGAGAAGGGUCAGUGUGCAGAGUACCCGCACAGACUGUUGCCUCUCCUCAAUUCCGUGCGGCUGGCUCCACCUCCGGUCAUAAAGAGACGCACUUUCCAGGGUGAACAAGGACAAGCAGGAAUCCAAGGUCCCCCGGGGCCCCCUGGUCCACCAGGCCCUGCUGGACCAGCCGGACCUGAAGGAAUCCCAGGACGUCCUGGGCCAGUUGGACCCCCUGGCAGAGCAGGAGAGCCUGGAAAGCCUGGCAGAGAUGGAAAGGGCUUACCUGGGCCUCCUGGACCAAAGGGAGACACUGGGAUUCAGGGAUACCCUGGCAGAAAGGGUGAGGUGGGCGAGUCAGGCCUGCCCGGUGCCCGUGGCCUCCCUGGAGCCUCUGGCCCCAAGGGUGAAAAAGGGGAUGCUGGCAUAAAGGGCGCUCCAGGGAUGGCUGCCGCAGGGAUGAAGGGCGAGCCUGGGACUCCAGGAGAAAAGGGAGAUUCUGGAGUGCCAGGGAGGAUGGGCCCCCCAGGUUUGCCAGGGAAGAGGGGGCAGCGGGGUGAGAAGGGAAGAGCUGGUGACCCUGGGCUUCCUGGACUCCCUGGCCCAAAGGGAGAGAAGGGAAUUGCUGAGAAUGCCUUGGUGGGAGCUAAAGGAGAACCUGGCCCUCCAGGUCUGCCUGGACCCCCUGGACCAAAGGGAGAAGCUGGUGACAUUGGUCAGCCUGGUGCUGCAGGAUCACAGGGAGAAAAGGGGGAACGUGGUUCACCAGGAGACCAAGGACCCAUGGGCCCCAGGGGCCCCAAAGGAGAGCCUGGGAAGGAUGAAAUGAUGGACUAUGAUGGGAACAUCAGUGAAGCUCUCCAGGAAAUACGAACGUUGGCCUUGAUGGGACCCCCAGGACGUCCAGGUGUGGCUGGACCUCCAGGGCCACCAGGACAGAAGGGUGAAAUUGGCUUGCCAGGUCCUCCAGGCCACGAUGGAGAAAAGGGACCACGUGGCAAACCUGGAGAAAUGGGCCCCCCUGGCCCUCAUGGACUGCCAGGAAAGGAUGGACCCCCUGGAAUAAAGGGAGAGCCAGGCCCUGCUGGGGUCAGAGGAGAAAAGGGCGAUAAGGGAGAGCCAGGACAAGCGGGCUCACCGGGUCUAGAUGGCCCCACUGGAGAGAAAGGCGAACAAGGUGACCAAGGGAUGCCAGGACCAUCAGGAUUGCCAGGGCCCAUUGGACUUCCAGGACUGACAAUAUCUGGGCCCCCCGGACCCCAAGGCCCUCCAGGACCUCCAGGUCUUCAGGGCGUUCCCGGACCCAAGGGGGAAGCAGGGAUUGAUGGAGUGAAAGGAGAGAAGGGUGCCCAGGGUGAAAAAGGAGACAGAGGGCCACUGGGAUUACCCGGUGCUUCAGGUUUAGACGGCAGGCCUGGACCACCGGGUAUUCCAGGACCAAUGGGGGUUUCGGGACCAGCAGGACCAAAAGGAGAAAGGGGCAGUAAAGGAGAUCCUGGAGUUGCAGGACCAAUGGGGCCAGCAGGGCUUCCUGGUUUACAAGGUGUGCCUGGUGACAAGGGAGUCCGGGGGGAGAGGGGCAAGAAAGGCUCUAGAGGGUCUAAAGGGGAUAAGGGAGACCAAGGAGCACCUGGAUUAGAUGCACCCUGUCCGUUGGGGGAAGAUGGCCUUCCAGUUCAAGGCUGCUGGAAUAAGUGAUGAUUCUAACCCUGGACUGACCUGUGUGUGUUACUGUACAUAGAAUAUUUAUUUUUAUACGGUGUUCUUCUCUGAAAUGCCAAGUUAUGCAUUUUUACAAAUUAUCAGAAAGUGGCAUAUUUUUUGUACAGAAAAUACUAGAUCUCCCUUUUUUCCCAUUUGUCAGUUCUCAGUAUGAUUCUAUGUCUGCAUUAUGCUUGUUUUGUCAUGGAGUACAGCUGUAAUAUUUACAUGGUAUUUGUGCACACAUGAUGAAUAUAGGAACUUAAUAAAUUAUUGCAUUAAAAAUGCCCAAAGGAACUGCCCUGUAUAGAUUUAAAGGUAAUUUUCAUUUUUCAAGCUGGAUCAUUCAAGAAUAUUUCAAAAUAUUAUGUAUUUUUUAUUAAAGUGAAAUAUUAACACUUCUGUUGUGAUGAAUUAAAGUGUUGCUGAAAAACCUCAUCGUAGCCCCCAUGCACUGGGAAUGUGGAGACACCAUGAUUUAUAAUUACCCUCCCAUGACCUGGAAUAACCCUCAUCAAAAAGA